AUGGCGGGGCUCUUAAAUAACCCUUACGCGCAGCUGGACUCCCAGAUCGAGCAGCUGCUGAGGGGAGAGAUCAUCCCGGAGGAUGAGGUGAGGGUGAUCUGCGAAAAGACGAAGGAGGUGCUGAGCAAGGAGGAGAACGUCGUGCCCGUCCGCGCCCCGGUCACCGUGGUCGGAGACAUCCACGGGCAGUUCGCGGACCUGGUGGAGCUGUUCCAGAUUGGCGGCAGGGCGCCGGAGACGAACUAUCUCUUCCUGGGCGAUUACGUGGACCGAGGUUACGAUUCCGUCGAGACGGUGUGCACGGUUAUCGCGAUGAAGGCUCGAUGGCCCGACCGCGUCACCUUGCUCAGAGGUAACCACGAGUCGCGGCAGAUCACGCAGGUGUACGGCUUCUACGACGAGUGCCUGCGCAAGUACGGCAACGCGAACGUUUGGAAGUACAUCACCGACAUGUUCGACCACCUGCCCCUGGCGGCGACUGUCGAGAACGAGAUCUUCUGCCCGCACGGCGGCUUGAGCCCCAGUCUGGACACGCUGGAGCACAUACGCGAGCUCGCGAGGACGCAGGAGGUGCCGCACGAAGGCCCGAUGUGCGACCUGCUGUGGUCCGACCCCGACGACCGGUGCGGCUGGGGCAUCUCCCCUCGAGGCGCGGGGUACACGUUUGGUCAGGACAUCUCGGAGCAGUUCAACCACAGCAACGGCCUGAACCUGAUCGCCAGAGCGCACCAGCUGGUGCAGGACGGGUACGAGUGGGCGCACGAUCAGGCGGUGGUGACGGUGUUCAGCGCGCCGAAUUACUGCUACAGGUGCGGGAACCAGGCGGCGAUCAUGGAGGUUGACGAGGGGAUGAACAGGGAUUUCCUCCAGUUUGAUCAGUUUCGCAGGGCGGUCAAUCCGGAGCUGCGAAGGGCGCAGCACAAGAUGCCGGACUACUUCCUCUGA